CAUGUAUUCAGCCUGAAAGAUCACGUGACAGCGUUUGCACUUCCUUUCCUGGAAGCGGCGGCCAUUGAGUAUCAGAAAAAUGGGCAAAUUCAUGAAACCUGGGAAGGUGGUGAUGGUCCUAGCUGGACGCUAUGCUGGGCGCAAGGCUGUCAUCGUCAAGAACAUUGAUGAUGGGACAUCCGACCGCCCUUAUAGCCACGCUUUGGUGUCAGGCAUCGACCGCUACCCUCGCAAAGUCACCACCACCAUGGGCAAGAAGAAGGUCGCCAAGAGGUCCAAGAUCAAGGCCUUUGUCAAGGUCUACAACUACAACCACCUCAUGCCCACCAGAUACUCUGUUGAUAUCCCUCUGGAUAAAACCAUCGUCAACAAGGAUGUGUUCAGGGACCCCGCGCUGAAGCGCAAGGCCCGGCGGGAGGCCAAGAUCAAGUUUGAGGAGAGGUACAAGACCGGCAAGAACAAAUGGUUCUUCCAGAAGCUCCGAUUCUAAACCUUGCAUAAUUUCAUUAAUAAAUGUGUAAAAUCCA